AUGUCCGGCCAAGGUGAACCACCACCAAAUGUGCGGGGAACAAGUGCUGACAUGCCCUCGUCGUCGUCGACUUCGGCCACCUUGGCGCCAGGGGAAGUUCAGCCGCACUACAUCAGUCAGAAGCUCUUUGAAGAGCUGCAGGGAAAAGGAUUCAGCGACAACGCUAUCAAAAAGUCUAUAGUUGCGGGUUGCGUGGAUGCGGGCACCUGCACACAGUGGAUCACAAUGCAUGAGGGCCAUCCAGAGCUAGACACCCCGUUGGAGGAGGGAGUGGAGGUGGUUGUGAAGGCCAAGCGUGUGCUCACCGAAGCGGAACGUGAGAGGAAGGUGCAGGAGCUGCGGGAAAAAGCCAAGGCAAAGGUUGAGGAGGAGAAGCGAGCCGCUGCUGAAAAGGAGCGCGAGCGCAUUGCGAUGGGCAGGAAAGCUAUGGAGACACGGGAAAUGCUUGAAAAACUUCGAAGGGAAGCCGAUCUUGCGGAGGUGCGGAAACAGAAGGAGGCCGACCUCAUUGCCAGACGCCGGGUGAAAGUGCAGCUACUUGCUGACAAGUAUGCACGUCAGGGGAAGACGAUGGAGGAGGCGCUACGCAUUGCCGAAUCGGAGGUUGAGGAGGCUGUACACAAACGGCGUCAAGAAACAGCCCAGGUGGAGAGCAAAGAACUGGCAAGUGUGAGAGAUGAUGUCCCAAACACGGCUUCGUGGAAUAUUGGCCGCUUGCUUGCUCAGACCACCCCUCUUGCAGACGUCUUCGAUAGGCCUCUUGAUCCACCAUCUUCGCUGCCGCGGUUGGUGGAUGAGGUGCGGAAUUACGAAGACGCAGCGGUGGCUCGCCAGUGUCUUGCAGUGCUGCGCACCAUCCUGACAAACAUACGCGAGAGCCCCUUUGACACUACAAAACGCUCCUUGAAAACAACAUCAAGUGUUUUUCGCACGAAAAUUGGCCCCCUUCCGUCUGCCAUUCAACUCUUGCGCACAUGUGGGUUUCAGCUCGCGACGGACGCGAACGGGAAUGAGUCCAUGGUUUCAACGACAGUUGUAAUUCGCGUGAUUGAACGAGCCAUUGCCUUGCUCUAA